AUGCCGCGCCGAAGUGGACCUGGAACUCACCGUGCUGGAGCUCAUGCGCUGUGGGAGGGACGGGGCGGUCCAGGAAGCCAUCUUGGACUUGGUGGCUACGUUCCCGGGCGCGGUGCAGCUGCUGUAUACGUGGACGUCACCAUCCGCUGCCCGCCCGCCGCCCGCUAUGAGCAUGCUGACACGCGCCUUGGCGAGGCCGCGUCCGAGGCGGCAGCGUCCAAGCGGGCCCCGUACGGGAGCAUCGUCCUCCCCAUCGCCUUCGAGACCUACGGGCGGAUCGGCGCCGAGAGCUUGCGCUCCCUGGACUUGCUGGCGGUGCACGCUGGUUGCUGCAUGCGGGACGCUUGGGCGGCGCCGCGGCUGCUUCCGAAGUGGCGAGCCGCCCUUGAGCGGCUGGUCCACUUCGCCGCGGCGGACGUGGAUCUGCUCUCCUUCGGGUGCGACCCGACGCUGGCGGAAGCGCGAGCGGCGCGGGGGCGCGUGAGCGGCGCGGUGGGCGCCGUCGUAUAA